AUGGAGAAGUCAUCAUCAGCUAUUGUUGUUUCUGAGCCUGAAACAAAGAAGAUCACGAAGGGUGAAAUGUAUCGGCCAUGGUCUGAACUCACAUAUCCAAUUGUUGAGAUGAUCUAUGGUGGUCUGGAAUUCCUAGAUAAAUGCCAGAUGGUAUCGGUCUGUAACUCGUGGAGAAAUGUUGCUCCAGAGUUCGCGAGACGCUGUCUUCAGCAGGUAGUUCCAUGGCUACUCAUCUCUUAUGAUGCACAAAGCAGGGAGGCUUUUGGUCUUCUCAACCUCCAUGACAAUUUGAUUCACCAAACAAGGAUCCCACAGAUCAACAUGAAACUAUGCCUUGGUUCCAGUCAAGGGUGGUUGUUUAUGUUUGAGGAUGCAAGGGACCAACCUUUCUUCCGUACUUGCUUCCUACUCAAUCCAUUCACCAAAUCUCGUAUCCAACUUCCAUCUUUCAGAAUUGCUGAGCCUCCAAAUGCUGUUCAUAAGGUGAUGUUGUCUUCUGAUCCUAGGAUCAGUCAAGAUUGGACUGUGAUUGGGUUAGCAUCACGUGGGCUAAUCUUCUACAAACCAGGUUUCAGGUCAUGGUCCAUUGGGUUACCGAGGACCAGAAAUUGGUAUCCUUGUGAUGAUAGAGACAUCAUAUUUUUGGAUGGAAAAGUUUAUGCUCUUGGUAUGUUACAUUCACUUUGGGUUUUUGAUAUGGAAACUCAAAAAUACAGCCUCAAGAGUUCUGGAGUUUCACCAAACUAUGAUCUUAAUCGAGACAACGAUACGAUCGAUGAUGGGUAUAUUAGCUACUUGGUGGAAUCAAAUGGAGAAAUUUUUCUGGUUUCGAGGUUCUUGGAGAAUAUCAGGAAGCCUUGCACUGCCUCCAAUAUCUCAUUGACAUCUGAGUGCUUUGAAUGCCAAACAGCAAGUAUCCACUAUGUGACCUUAAAUUUUUUGUUGUACAAGUUGAUAAAGAACGACAAUAGGAGAAAGAGGACGAAGUAUAUCUGGGCCAGACAACCAAGCCUGGGAGCCGAUCAAGUACUGUUUCUAAGCAAAAGUGGAUCUAAAUCAGUCUCAACUAUCGAGAACCCAAUGCUGCAUGGUAAUUCUAUUUACUUUGUCAAUGAUCUGCAUCCGGGGAAUGGUAAGCCUUGUGACAUAGGUAUUUACCAUUUCCAGGAUGGUCAGUUCGAACCUCUUGCUCAGAUUGAAUCCUAUCCUUUGGAGUUUCCUUUAGUUUGGAUCACACCCUCUCUUUGA